CUACUUCUAAUGCCAAUGUUUUUGCCUAGCAUGCAGAGCACAUAUUGUAUAGAUGCCUUCUUGCUAAAACUCCCUACAUGUCUCUCCUUACCUAAACACACAAGCUGCUAUCAUACACCACAACAGGUAUUGUGCAUUUCCUUAUAGCCACAGCUAGUGUAAAGGCUGAUAUUGUUGCCAAUUUUUAAAGCCAUAGACCAUCAUAAGGAAUCAUAAAGAUGGUGGGGGAGAGAGGCCUAAGAACAUGGUUUUGUUUGUGUGUGUGUGUGUGUGUGUGUGUUAGAAGCAUGUGUGGAGAUUGGGUGAGGGACUUCUCUUUUAGUAUUACUUCAUAAGUAAGUCUCUCCUGCCUUCCAAGAAGGUAUCAUCUUAAUGACAUAUUUCUUUUUGUACAGAAUAUCCAAACAUUAUUUAUUUUUGUACAGCCUGUUUAAUACAAUCUUGUGGCUUUUCUAUUAUUGUAUUUUUAUUUGUUGUUAUUAUUGAAAUAAGAAGGAUGUAGAUUAUAUUAGAGUAUUUAUACAGUAUUAUAUAUGGAAUUAGGUUUAUGAAUAAAGUAUCACAUUGAUCUGUGGACUGAUGUCAUUUCUAUGUGUAAUUAAUGGCUCCAUCAUUGAGAUGGAGAAAGAAAAUAAAUAUACGCAUCAAAAAUCCCAAUCUUGAAUUAACACCUGCAGAGUUGCUAAAAAAAAAAAAAAAACACCAUCCAGAAUUGGUGUUAAUUUCCAUCCUGAUAAAAAAAGUGCUAAUUGAACACUGGGGAUUCUGUUGUUUAUACACUAACAUAGUUUUCAGAGUUACACACACAUCAUGCUCCUUUAAAGCCAGAUUUUGCCCAAAAUACAUUUUAAAGAUGAGCAACAGAUUAAGAUUAUAUCACCUCUUACCCUGGCUAGGUAAUUAAUAAAUCAAGCAAUUAAACAAAUUUUAAUUAUCCAUACAGGGUGAUGUGACCACAAUGUGGCCACAAAAACAGUCAAUUCCCAAAAUAACCAAAACACAUAAUAUACCAAACAUACACAGUAAAAUCCUAAAAGAUAAUAUCAUUCAUAUAGUCCAAAAUUUUAAACACUCAAUAUUGUAUAUGGUAAAUUUUCCAAGUUUGUGUGAAGAAAGGGUUUGUAAGAGCUGUAUAAGAGGUAAAUUAUUUGAGAUGUAAAGGUUUCCUUCCUACAAACAGUCUUGCAUCUCUGGCUAUGAAGAUGUUGUCCUGAAUGCAUAAUAGAACAUAUUAAGUACAUGCCUUUCCACCCCAAAUGAAUUAGGUUUCUUUAAAAAGAUUGCCUCUUGUGACAUUUUCUAAUUAUCAGGUCAGUUUUUUUGUUUGUUUGUUUUUUGCUCAAAGCUCAGCCUACUAUCAAAUAUUGUACCUAGGUACUUAUAAUGAUGUACUCUAUCCACUACAUCUCAAUGACUAUAUAUUUCACUGUGCAUGGAUUGGUGUCUGGAAAAGUCUAGAACCAUCCCUUUGCUAUUUGUGUCCUUGAAUUACAGACCUGCUGACUAACAACACUUAACAAAUUGUGAUAGGACAGUCCCAUGGUCAUGAACUGGUCAAAAGCCCAGACUCAUCAGCAAAUGUUUACUAUGAUGCUCAUAACCAUGUAAAAUAAACAAUAAAGAAGAUAAAAGACAACUCUGUGGUGACCCUAUGCUUGUGUAACCAUUCUUUGAAAUUUUACCAUUUCACAAGUACUCUCUGUGGCCUGUGCAAUAAAAUGUUUAGCACAUUUCUGCCUGCCAGAUAUACAAACUGCUGGAUCUAGUUUGUUGGUGAUGUGACUAAAAAGGUGUUUAAACAAAUGACAACUACUGUAAAGCAGUAGUAAGUUGAGUGGUACAGUAUUUAAAUGCAGUCAUACAUACAGCCAUAUACAACACAAACAAAUAACAGAAAAGCAACUGAGUGGACAAAAUUUUCCCAUAAUCUUCAAAAUUCUACCUAAGUAGCAGUACGCUGCUACACUUUUUUGUACGUUGCAUAUUUCAUCCACAAGGGGGCAAUACCACACCCUUGCACCCAUUUAGAAAACUAGCUACUCGUUCAGGAAUUGCUGAAAUCCAGGUGGCGGGGUAGCAUGGAGUGGAGUUGGAGGCUAUGAGCUGGUAAAAAAAAAAAAUAAAUAAAAAUAAUAAAAUAAAUAAAUACAUACAUACAUACAUACAUUUAAAACUUGUUUUCAUUGGUGUUACUGCUAGACACAUCUAAUAAAAACUGCACUACUGAUGUGGACUAAAUGGGAAGCCACACAAGACUGACAAUACCCGUGAUCCAUAUCAAUAAAUGAUGUUUAUCAGCAGUGAAAUUGCCAUAACCACAGAGAUGAUCAAAUAGGUUAGAUAUGUAAGAGAAAAUUACUUAUAGAGACGAGUGGUGUCCUAUUUGCUAUAUCACAAACACCACACAGAAACAGUGGUAUUUUUAGUUAUUCUUGCUCAAGAAUACAUUAUUGGUUAUGAGAAUUCAUAUACAGGGGAAAUAGUGAGGGGGCUGUGAUGAAAAGAGUAACAGAAGUCUUGUCUUACUACAUUAUUGUCACUUAUGGACCGCACUUCUCAUACACUGGUAGUAGAAACUAACAGUAUAAUUAAUUUCACGUUCUGCACUUUUGUGGCCAUACAGUUGCUGGUGAGACUUACGCCAACUUGUAUUUGUGAAGCAAGCAAAUGGUAACUUAAUUAAGAAAUGGAUACUAAAAAGAAGAGACGGGCCCGGGAACCCGUUCGCCUUGUUUACGUUCUCUCUUCUACUCAGUAAUUGACUAUAAAAAGGAUUCUUGAACAAAAUAAUCCAGCCCGUUCUAAAUAUAGACAUCAGGUACGCAAGUCCUUGAUCAAUGUAACGAAAAGGAAGCAUGAUUGAAGCUAAAUCCUUAAAAGCGUCAUGUUCCCAGAACGAUCGUGAGGUUGUUCAGUGUUCCUUCGGUAAUUGCGCAUAAAUAUUUCUUUGAUCGUGGAAUUACAUGUCGUGACGGUGGAGGCGUUGUUUUGUCGGAGAACCGUGAGUCGGCCGUGCAGUCACAUCCUUGCUCUCCCUACGACCGAAGAGUAAUUUAAGCAAAAUAGCGGCGGGGGAGGUGCUGAGAAGUAGCUAAAGGAAGAAGGGAAAAACGAAGAGGAAGAAGUCAGGGGACACUUUCUUGAGGGACAGGAGCACGUGUCCACGGAAAAAAAAAAAAAGUCGUAUUUUGCCUUCUUAUUCAAAGACCAUUAAAUGAUAGCCUACGCCGACUCAGUAACAUGUAAUCUACUACCAAAAGAUAUGCAAUAGACGUAGCAAACUGAAGCGUCUUGUCUUAUCCCUUUUGACUGGGAAAACUGCUACAAAUCCUCAAGUUAGUCCAUUCGACUGGGGAAAACAUUCUUUAAACGGUAUGGAAAGUCGCGGAACAACGAGUUCACAGACGGGGUGGAAACUCUUUAUGGACUCUGUGCUUAUAUGCCUCUUUGCCGGCCGUGGCCAGGCUCAGUGUGACGGCUGUGUUGAGUACUGCUGUGAUGGUGCACCUCCCUUCUGCUGCUCAUACUAUGCAUACGUGGGGGAUGUCUUGUCGGGCACAGCGAUUUCAGGGAUUGUGUUUGGUGUGGUGUUUUUGAUGGGUGCAGUGGCGGCCAUCUUUUUGUGCAUAUGCAUGUGUGUGAAGAAUGGGCAUGGAGCAAGAGUGGGUAUCUUCAGUACAUCAUAUAUCAACACAGUGACUCAGGGCUACCCAGGACCACCACCUCCUUACAGCUAUGAUUAUGAGAUGUAUCCCCCAGAUCUUCGACCCCCUCCAUACACUCCAACACCACCCAGAACGGCAAACUACUCACCACCUCCACCCUAUCCAGGCUAUAACAGAAAAUGAAUCUUCCUUAACAUGCUGACACUGGGGAAGUGGCCGGGAAGUCACUAACUGUGAUACACGGUACAUCUGCACUACACAGUAUGAUGAACUGCUAAAUCCUACCUUUGCUACAUUGUGAGGUAGGACAUUAACUGCACUCUGAGCUGUUGUGUCAAUGUUCUGUGAAUGGGACCAACUGCCUUUCGUAAUUCUGGAACUGGGUAAGUCCAACUGUCCUCUUCUGGGAGGGGGGUUCAUGUAUCAACCCAGGAGAUUUGUGCUGAGGGGGGUGUGGAUCAUCCCCAUAGACACUGUUUAUAUACAGUGUGUUAAUUAUUUGUUUUUUAUCAUGUCUUUAUAUGCACAUUUGUAUAAAUCUGGAAGACUACAUCUAAAUUAUGUAUGGCCUCUUGCACAAUUCUGGAACACAAAACAGGUGCAACCAUGUGAGAAAGUAAAAGAAUUCAUGUCGUAGAUAAAUCCGUGUUCCAUUUGGCUAGUGACUUGAACUGUGUUUUGUGAUGCAGUUAAAGGAAUCAAACUGAUUUUGUUUGCGGUAAGUGACAAUAAAAAAUAGAAGCUAUAAAUGUUGUCAUCUAAAUAAAAGCUUAUAUAUUCACCUUGA